AAGCAUUUGAACGGGUUGGAUUUUAUCCGCACUUGGCAUAUUGUAACUUACACAGGUGUUGCACAGCAACUUAUCGUCCAAGUUAUUGCGUGUGAGGGUGAGACCAGAGCUCCUCUUCCAAAAGAAAAAGCCGCGUUCGGACCGGAGAGCUCUCGACUCUGCUAGAGAAGAGAGAGAGAGAGAGGGAUGGCUCCAAAAAGAGGAAGAGAAGGGAAGAAAUCGACGUGGCCCACCAUCAAAUCCAAACCAGAUCUCAAAACAACGCAUCUAAAAGAAACACACCUCUUUACGGUGCAAAAUUUCUUCACCACUGCUGAAUCCAAGGCCUUUGUUGAAGCUGCAGAAUCCCUUGGUUUUGCUCACCAAGGGAGUCUUGGUCCGGCGAAAGGAGAAGCUUAUAGAGACAAUGACCGGAUAUCUGUGAGUGACCCCAUUCUUGCAGAAACCAUAUGGGAAUCUGGCCUCAAAAGAAUAUUUUCUGAUAUUAAAAUAAGGGGAAAGGUUGCGGUUGGGUUGAAUCCGAAUAUUAGAUUCUACAGAUACAAGGUGGGGCAGCGGUUUGGGCGGCAUAUUGAUGAAAGUGUUGAUCUAGGAGAGGGGCGAAGGACCCACUAUACAUUACUAAUAUAUCUAAGUGGAUCCAAAGCAAACGACGAUUCCAGCGGCAACCGAGAUUCUUCUACGCAAUCUCUAGUUGGAGGGGAGACUGUCUUUUAUGACGAUAGAAGGGCUGUUGUGGCAGAGGUUGCUCCAGUUGAAGGAAUGGCUCUCCUUCACAUUCAUGGGGAUAAGUGUAUGCUGCAUGAGGCCCGGGCUGUUACAAAAAACGUGAAGUAUAUCUUGCGCUCUGAUGUAGCCUUUGCUUGAUGGCACAAGGGUUUAUCACAUGAGCGAGAUGUAAGAGUUUUGCUCCUAGUAUAGUAAUUUUCAUUCUGGUAUUCAUGUUGCCUGAUGUUCUUUCUGCGCUUGUCUUUUUCUAAGCCAUCGUACCCAUGGUUCUGAAUCAGCA